CGAGGCUCUUCCGCGCCGGCAGGGGCAGCAGCGGGAGCGACGCGGGGCGGAGCGGCGCGAGCAGCCAGGAGCGGUCCGGCCAGGCCCGGCGUGGCGGCGACGGUAGCGGAGCGGCGGCGGCGGCAGCGGCAGUAGCAACGCCAGAGCCCGUGGGCGCCGUUUGCGAGGCCGCCGCAGGCGCCAGGCCGCAAAGCAGGGAGGCUUGAGGUCUGGAGGCCGCCGCUGCCGCCAUGCCGCUGCUCUUCCUCGAGCGCUUCCCCUGGCCCAGCCUCCGCACCUACACGGGCCUCAGCGGCCUGGCCCUUCUCGGCACCAUCGUCAGCGCCUACCGCGCCCUCAGCCAGCCCGAGGCCGGGCCCAGCGAGCAGGAGCCGCUAACGGCCUCGCUGCAGCCGGGGGCGCCCGCGCCCGAGGGGCCGCUCGCCGAGGGACCCGGGGCCCGCGACGUGGCCCAGUACCUACUCUCCGACAGUCUCUUCGUGUGGGUGCUGGUGAAUACUGCUUGCUGUGUUUUGAUGUUGGUGGCUAAACUUAUCCAGUGUAUUGUGUUUGGCCCUCUUCGAGUGAGUGAGAGACAGCACCUCAAGGACAAGUUUUGGAAUUUUAUUUUCUACAAGUUCAUUUUCAUCUUUGGUGUGCUGAAUGUCCAGACAGUGGAAGAAGUGGUCAUGUGGUGCCUCUGGUUUGCCGGACUUGUAUUUCUGCAUCUGAUGGUUCAGCUCUGCAAGGACCGAUUUGAAUAUCUUUCUUUUUCUCCCACAACACCGAUGAGCAGCCAUGGCCGAGUCCUGUCUCUGUUGAUUGCUAUGCUGCUUUCCUGUUGUGGGCUGGCUGUCGUCUGCUGCAUCACCGGCUAUACCCAUGGGAUGCACACCUUGGCCUUCAUGGCUGCAGAGUCUCUUCUUGUGACAGUGAGGACCGCUCAUGUGAUUUUACGCUAUGUUAUUCACCUCUGGGACCUCAACCACGAGGGGACCUGGGAAGGAAAGGGAACGUAUGUCUACUACACGGAUUUUGUCAUGGAGCUCACACUCGUGUCCCUGGACCUCAUGCACCACAUUCACAUGCUGUUAUUUGGCAACAUCUGGUUGUCCAUGGCCAGCCUGGUCAUCUUUAUGCAGCUGCGUUACCUGUUUCAUGAGGUUCAGCGUCGAAUUCGUCGGCACAAGAACUACCUGAGGGUCGUUGGGAACAUGGAAGCCAGAUUUGCAGUUGCAACUCCCGAGGAACUGGCUGUCAACAAUGAUGAUUGUGCCAUCUGCUGGGACUCCAUGCAGGCUGCCAGGAAACUGCCCUGUGGUCAUCUUUUCCACAAUUCCUGUCUCCGUUCCUGGCUAGAACAAGACACCUCCUGUCCAACAUGCAGAAUGUCUCUCAAUAUCGCUGACAACAAUCGUGUCAGGGAAGACCAUCAAGGCGAGAACCUGGAUGAGAAUUUGGUGCCUGUAGCAGCAGCUGAAGGCAGACCUCGCUUAAACCAGCACAAUCAUUUCUUCCACUUCGAUGGGUCCCGGAUUGCGAGCUGGCUGCCGAGCUUCUCAGUUGAAGUGAUGCACACCACCAACAUUCUCGGCAUCGCGCAGGCAAGCAACUCGCAGCUGAACGCCAUGGCUCAUCAGAUCCAAGAGAUGUUUCCCCAGGUUCCGUAUCACCUGGUGCUGCAGGACCUCCAGCUGACACGCUCUGUUGAAAUAACAACAGACAACAUUCUAGAAGGACGGAUUCAAGUCCCUUUUCCGACCCAGCGGUCGGACAGCAUGCGGCCUGCGUUGACCAGUCCUGUGGAGAGACCAAACAGUGACCUGGAGGAGGGCGAAGUUUCCACUCAGACAGAACGAGUGCCCCUGGACCUUGGUCCUCAUCUGGAGGAGACCUUGGACAUCUGUGAGGCUGACACAGAGCCUGGCGAGGUGGAGGACUUUGAGGCUCGUGGGAGCCGCUUUUCCAAGUCGGCCGACGAGAGACAGCGCAUGUUAGUGCAGCGCAAGGAUGACCUCCUCCAGCAGGCUCGGAAGCGCUUCCUGAACAAAAGCUCUGAAGAGGAUACAGCUGCAGAGAGCUUUCUGGCCCCUGAAGUCCCGUCCUCUGACCCUGUGGCCCUGCGGCGGAGUAUGCUGGCCGCUGCCGCCGAGCGAAGGCUCCAGAAGCAGCAGCCCUCCUAGCGUUGCCACCGCGCCGUCCUCGGCUACCACCUUCUGAGCCUGUGCCCGACCGGAAGAGGCCUGCCCAGUGCCGCCCGUCGCCAUGGGCCCGACUGCAUUGCCGCUGUACAAAGCAUGUGGUCUUACUAGUGUUUGGACAGCUGACAGAUUUAAUCCUUCUUUGUAAUACUUUCUAUGUGACAUUUCUCUGCCCCUUAAAAACACUGCACAUUGUUAA